AUGUAUCCUUUUCAAACAUCGCAGCAUCAGCAUGGAGGAGGAGGAGGUCAUAAACGAAACGAAACGAAACGGAACGACGAUGAGCCGGUCUUGCCUUGGUGGGAAAGCUUCAACACGAUUCUCACGUACUAUGACAACGGAUUCUAUCCGGGUAGUGCCAAGCUUGAUGCAGCCAGGAACAGUCAACAAGAAACUUCGGCCGAUAUCGAGCACAUUUCCACGAUUGCCGGCUCGCUCGGCAGCAUCGGGACCAGCAUCUCGCAGUCCGGCGACGGAGAACCAGUUUAUGAGACGGACCACACAGACCUCAACUCGGAGUAUGACGAAGUCGAGCUGCGCCGGGAACUUAUGAAGGAUAAAUGGCGUCAAUUAUUCGAUGCGUUCGAUCCCGAAGGAUUUGGGGAAAUUCCGGUGGACGAUUUUGUCGCUGCCCUCAAAUCACCAGAAUUACUCGCCAACGUACCGUCUAACAAACGUGACAUACUGUUCGAUCGUGCGCUGAAAGCGAAGACCUCCAAGGUGGAGGCGAUCUCUUUCCAGGAUUUUGUGAACGUGACUUUACUAAAAGAAUCAUCCUUCGUGUUCGAGUAA